CAAAAUAUUAAAAUCUCCCACUUUCUCUUCUCUUCGCUAUCCCUACGCCCUUUCUCACUCCUCUCUCUCUCUCUCUUCUCCAGAACUAAAAUCUUUGGGUGAAAAAGGAUAGAAAGAAAAGCAAUUUUUUGUGUUUCAAUUUUCAAUUUUGGAGUUUAAUUUGAAUCAAUGGCUCUGAAUUUGUUGCCUCCUGGAGAAAUCAAGAAACUUUUUUUCUCACAAUCCAACUGCAAUUUCAGCCUUGUCAAGAACAAAGGUGGAUUUGCUUUGAAGAGGAAUGAGAGCAUAUUCACUGCUGCAAAGAAAAUCCGGUGCUCGGCGCAGCCGCAGCCGCCUCCGGCCUGGCCAGGCCGAGCUGAAGUCGAGCCCGGCCGCAAGACAUGGGAUGGCCCGAAGCCAAUUUCGGUUAUUGGAUCCACCGGCUCGAUCGGAACACAGACGCUCGAUAUAGUCGCAGAGAAUCCGGAUAAGUUUAGAGUCGUCGCGCUUGCAGCUGGUUCGAACAUCAGCCUCCUCGCCGAUCAGGUGAAGACGUUUAAACCGCGUUUGGUUUCUGUCCGAAACGCUGCUUUAGUCGACGAGCUUAAAGAGGCUCUGGCCGAUGUCAAGGACAAGCCGGAAAUCAUUCCUGGAGAAGAGGGAAUUGUCGAGGUCGCGCGCCAUCCCGAUGCUGUCACUGUCGUCACAGGAAUCGUCGGCUGCGCAGGUUUGAAGCCUACGGUAGCAGCGAUCGAAGCUGGAAAAGACAUUGCGUUGGCUAACAAAGAGACACUAAUCGCCGGGGGGCCGUUCGUCCUCCCUCUCGCUCACAAGCAUAACGUCAAGAUUCUUCCGGCAGAUUCCGAGCAUUCUGCCAUAUUUCAGUGCAUUCAAGGCUUGCCGGAAGGUGCAUUGCGGCGCAUAAUUUUGACUGCGUCGGGAGGCGCUUUCAGGGAUUUGCCGGUCGAGAAGUUGAAAGAAGUUAAGGUAGCGGAUGCAUUGAAGCAUCCGAAUUGGAAUAUGGGGAAAAAGAUUACCGUAGACUCCGCGACACUCUUCAAUAAGGGUUUAGAAGUAAUUGAAGCGCACUAUUUGUUCGGAGCUGAAUACGAUGACGUUGAGAUCGUCAUUCAUCCCCAAUCGAUUAUACACUCAAUGAUCGAGACACAUGAUUCAUCCGUGUUGGCGCAAUUGGGGUGGCCGGAUAUGCGUUUGCCUAUUCUAUACACGAUGUCUUGGCCGGAGCGAAUUUAUUGCUCUGAGGUCACUUGGCCUCGUCUCGAUCUUUGCAAGCUUGGCUCGCUUACGUUUAAGGCUCCCGACAAUGUGAAGUAUCCGUCGAUGGAUCUUGCCUAUGCCGCCGGUCGAGCUGGUGGCACCAUGACCGGCGUUCUUAGCGCUGCCAAUGAGAAAGCUGUUGAAAUGUUCAUCAAUGAGCAAAUCGGGUACCUAGACAUAUUCAAAGUGGUGGAAUUGACGUGCGCCAAGCACCGGGAAGAGCUUGUUGUGUCGCCGACCCUAGAGGAGAUUGUUCACUACGACCAGUGGGCGCGGGACUACGCUGCCAGCUUGCAGCCGUCGGUGGCGGCGGCCGGAGUCAGCCCUGCACUUGUAUGAGAAAAAGCAACCAUUGAAGCUGCAGAGAUGAUGAUCAUAGAAUAAAUAUGAAUGAUUGUUGUUGUCGCCAUAGCCAUUUUCAAAUGAAGGUUUUGAUGAUCUUUGUUUAAACAAGUUCUAAUAAAUAUCCAAAUUUCAUCAUA